AUGGUAUCCUUUGACCAUUUCACGACGUUUGGCACCGACCUCGAGCAAAAGCUCGCGGCCGACGACGCCGGCCACCUCAACGACGACACCGACGAGGAAGCAGAGUUCGAACAGCGGAUCAAGCAAGAGAAGCUCAGCAGUCACAGCAAGAAGCAGUCCGAAGCGCCUGCCACCUCACGUUCAGGAAACGAGGUCCUUGUUGAAGAGUCCAUCUCGCACUCGGCCAUGCCUGCACCUGCGUUCUCUCCCCAGCCCGUCGGCCAAGACUUCGCCGAUCCUAGCUUCGUCCAAGGUGAUGAUGCUGUCGAGCCCGCCACCCGCCUUCCUUCGGUUCCCCUCCCCCUUACCUACUCUCACGCCCCGACUGCAAGCACCACGCGUCACGGAGAUACCCCUUCUCGUACCCUCAACAUGACCCUCGUCUUUGGACCCACUGUAUCGACACCCAACAAUCGUCCACCUCUCCCUGGCCCUCCUUCUGCGGCGACUCGCUCUGUCGCGGGAACGCACACGUUUGACAGUCCCAUCAACGUGGACACCCCCAUACAGACUCCUGGGAGUGUCGGUCAAGGUCGCCGUGACGACCCAACUACACCCAUCGCUCUCGGUAAAGACGUCUCCGCCAGGUUCAAGGGGAAGGACCUUCAGAACCUCUCCAAGCUCCGCCUGGCCUUCACGAUCCCCGCAGGCGCCGACGUUGCCGCAGGCGUUGCGGGAAGUUCUCGUGGAGGUGCUUCUCGUGGGCGUGGGCGUGGGCGUGGUCGCGGUGUGACGACGACCGUGCGCCCCCCGUCGACCCGUGGUGUGUUUGGCUCGGAUCUGUUCAAGGACUCGCGCUUCUGCCUCGCUGUGGAGCCUGGUGCCGUAUCCAAGCAGCACACUCGCUGUGAAGCGAUUACCAAGCGUGGUGGUGCCGUCGUCUUCCAGCCCGACACCGCCAUUACGCACGUCGUAUUUGACGGCAACUCUGAAAAGAACCUCAGGGACCACCUUGGCAUCGAGACGCUCUCUGCGCUCCCCGAGGGUACAGUCUGCGUCAAGUACACCUGGGUGGAGAAGUGCAUCAAGGAGUUGAAAUUGAUCGACACGAAGCAGUUCCUCAGCUUCCCUCCCACCACUUUGACCAGGCCUCCCACUCGCGCCCGCAUGGCAGACAUCACGCACCAGUUACGCCAGGCCGCGCGAAGCGGCUACAAGCGCCGCAGUCCUGCCUCAUCCGAUGAUUCCGAGACCGAUUCGCCCGAACGCCCCGCCCCAGGUCUUCGCGAUCAACGCCGCAUUGAAUACCUCGCCAACCAGGAUCCUCGGUGGAGCAAUAACGCAGUCCCUUCCGACCCACUCGCCGCUGCUGCGACUCGCCACGAGCUCCCCAAGGGUCCUGGUUGGGUCCAGCCUGCUCCUGAAUACCGCGACGACCUUGACAAGAUCAUUUCCGGCUUCAAGGAGAAGACGAUCGCUGACGACUACGAUAGUGAUGAUUCACACCAGGAGUCUGAUGAAGAGUCUCAGGAGCGCAACCCCAACCCCAUGGCGGACCGCUUCAAGUGUGGCCAGAAGCACACUGGAAAUGUCAAUGAGGGACCCAACGAGUGGCUUGCCAAGAAGUUUGACGAGCUGUUCCACAUAUACGAAGGCCAGGUCGGCAAGAACGACUUUGCAAAGCGCGGCUAUCAGCGUGCUGCUGGCAUCCUACGACGCACCACCUACCCUAUCAAGAGUGGCGCGCAGGCCAUGACUCUCAAGUUCAUCGGUCAAAGUCUCGCUGACAGAAUCGACGAGUUCAUCUCUGGUGAGCCAGGCCGCCUCCACUACGAGGACACCAACGAGGCCCGCGCCAUCUCCACCUUCAAGGACUGCUACGGCAUUGGCCCCAAGCAGGCAUACCGUCUGGUCGAGCGCGGUGCUCGCACCCUCGAUGAUCUCAAGACCAAGGACUUUGGCCUCACCGAUGGCCAGAAGAUUGGCCUUGACCUGUAUGAUGAGCUUGUCCAACGCAUCCCUCGCGAAGAGUGCCGCCAGAUCUUCGACAAAAUCCGUACUGCCGCGCUCGCCAUUGAGCCCAAGCUCUGGAUCGAGAUCAUGGGUAGCUACCGCCGUGGCCAGCCUCACUCUGGUGACGUCGACAUUCUCAUCACGCGCGACACUUCCGAUGGCCUCACCCAUGUUGGCGUCCUCAAGCGCCUUGUGCGCACUCUGUGUGAACAGGGCUUUAUUACCCACCACCUGAGUGAACCCCAUGACUGGGAUGAACUCGAGGCCAAGUGGAUGGGUGUUGGCCGGAUGAGCAUCAACGGCAUUCACCGUCGCAUCGACAUUCUCUGCAUCCCCUAUGAGAACUGGGGCGCGGCUCUCCUCUACUUUACCGGCAACGAUGUGUUCAAUCGCAGUAUGCGCCUCUACGCGCGCAAGAAGGGAUACUCGCUCAACCAGCGCGGUCUCUACAAGGGUGUCAUCCGCGACCGCACCGGCCAGAAGACCACCGAAGGCGUGAUGGUCGCGUCCCGCACCGAGCACGAGAUUUUCGACCUGCUCGGUAUCCGCUGGCGUCCUCCCGAGGAGCGCCGUCCAUGA